GGUGGGAGGUAGUGGUGGUGGUGCUUUUACUAGGUGGGGUAGCGCGCACGGCGGAUCAAUUCGCUUUGCGCUUGGGAGCAGCGCUACGGGGAAGAGCAACAGUCUGUCUACCCCCUGCUACCCGGAAAAGUGCUCGAGACUGUACGAACGUGUCUUUUACUUACUUACAUGCACCACCGUUGGUUACGAGAAUGACAAUAAGUUGCGAUAAUUUAAUUCAGUGCGUAAACGAAAUGUAAUAUAGUUUAUUAUAUUUCGUCGAUAAGAAGAUUGUAUUUAUUAAUUCGCGAUAUAAAUUACGAUAAAUUGUGAAAAAAGCUACGAGGGUAAAAACUGCAAGUAGGAAAUGCGACUGCGAUGAAUGUCCUAAUAGCGGAGAGGAUAGCGAAGAGGAUGUAAUAACAGACUACCUUGGAUCAUCGCAUUCAGACUGUGACCGUGUACCUACUAUUAAUGGAGAUCUUGGUGGCCUGAGUCUACAUGGGAAUAUAGUCACGGAAACUGGUUAUACCGAAGAUAAUACCAAUAAAACCAUCACCAUGUCUGGAGGGAAUUCCGAACAGCAACAGCAACAUCCGUUGCUUACACUUGGUACUAACAUUCAAACUCAGCCUAAUCCUCUUGUACCCAUUAUCAGUGUCACACCUCAUUCUCCUGGUUUUGCUAAGAACUAUCCUGUCUUAGAGGACAAUUUGCAGCAUUUGCACGAAAUUCAUGACUGGAUUCAACGCAUGAGAGACUUGACGAUGAAUACUUUGGGAAACAAUAAUCGCAUGUCCCACGAUGUACCUCAGAGACUGACCUCUUCGUGUCCUUCCUUAUGUCCGUUGAUACUUAUAGAGGGUGGACAUCGUUCCAAUAAUCAUGAAGCAGGAUCUGAUCCAGAUCUUCUUGUUAACUGUUCGACUAAUAGCUCUCCGACACAUUUUCCACCUAUGAGCUCUCAUGCUCAACCUGUGCAGGGCAUAGAUAGAAGACGAAGUUGGACGGAUUUGGAAGAUACUAGACGUGGCCGACGCAGAUAUUCCGGACAAAAUCAUCUACAAGCACAAAAUAUGCGACAACGCAGCAUUAGUUUAAGUAGUCUGGACAGUGAGAUGGAACUAGAACUAGAUGGAAAAUCUUGUAGUGGACCUGUAGGGGUAGGUAAUCGAGCAUGCAGAUCACAAGCAAGUACUCAUUCCUUAAAUGAGGCAGACCUUGUGCAGAGUGAAUAUCAGAAGAAUGUCUUAAAAAGAAAUAGUCAAAGAUUAGGUGAAAGUAGCAGUUUGAUGCCAGGUUUAACUGGUGCACGUUUACCUCUCCAGAAAUCUAUUUCGACCCCUUCCAUCGUUACACCGCCAAUUCAUACGCAUCUCACAGAGUCCGGAACACGAACAACACCUUCUCUCGCAGCAGAAACUGCAUAUGAUGAUCAACAUUCUGAGAAGACCAGAAGAAAGCGUGGCUCUAUUUUCUUCCGUAAGAAAAAGGAUAAAAGUGGCAAGAAAAAUAGUCAACAGCAACAUGUAUGGACAACAAUGACAACUGGAGCACAAGGAAAUUACCAAUGUGAUGUUUGCAUGAAGCAAUCAACAAGUAAACCAAUUCUUCAUUGUGAAAAUUGCGGAUUAUCGGUACAUCAAAGUCAAGGAUGCAAGGAUCAUUCUGUGUUAGAAUGCACCAAAUCUAAGCAUCAGUCUGUAAAAACUGUUAUAAAAUCAACGUCGAGUAUUUCUUCGGUUACAAGCAACAAUAGCGUGAAAAGAGGUUCCACGGCAUCGCUACCGUUACCAACAUCAUCUGGAAGUGGAAGGGAAAUUAACAGCAAGAAAACAGUGACAAGCUACAGCCCUUGGCGGCGAGUUGCCACCAAGCUCGGAGUCAAUCAAACAAUUAAUGAGGAAAAGGAUACAGAUGGUAGUGGUUCACAUCGCGAUGCUUCCAGUGGUUGGGAAGAAUUCGAUUUUGGAGACGAAGCGCAUCAGUUUACCGUAGGUGAUCUCGAGGGCUUAGAUCCUGAACUGGGCUUAGGAAAGGAAGAACCUGAUUCAUGGAGUACAGCUAUUGGAAGACACGUCGCAUCACGUCUCGUAGAUCAUUGUGAACGCGAAGUGAAGAGACAAGAGCAUAUAUACGAAUUUGUGUUAACAGAGAAACAUCAUUGCUUGGUAUUGUUAGCCAUGGAAAGGAUCUUCGUGGAAGGCUUACGACGCCAUUUCCGUUUGGGACAACCAAAUCUAGAACGAAUGUUUCCUAGAUUACGUGAUCUCAUUGAAAUUCAUUUGAGAUUUCUACAGAAAUUACGUAAACGUCAAAAUGCAAACCCUGUUGUACCUACUAUUGCUGACAUACUCGUCGAACAAUUCUCAGGUGAAAAUUCGCAACGUAUGAAAAGCGCAUAUGGAGAAUUUUGUAGUCGUCAUAGAGAAGCUGUUGAAACUUACAAGUAUUAUCUGCAUCAUGAUACUCGAUUUGAGCGUUUUGUGCGUCACUGUCAGACUAUUCCUUUGCUGAAAAAGAAGGGGAUUCCAGAAUGUAUAUUGUUCGUUACGCAACGUUUAACAAAAUAUCCAUUACUAGUCGAACCACUUAUUAAAACUGGUAUUAUGCAAGAUGAAGGAGAGAGCUUGAGAAAAGCUUUGGGAUUAGUGAAAGAAAUUUUAGCGGACGUAGAUGCGUGCGUAGCAGAUAAAGAGCGGGAAGAUAGAAAAUUAGAGAUUUAUAAUAAGAUCGACGCGAAAUCGUUCGCUACGUACCGCGGUGCCAAAUUCAAAAAGUCGGAUAUAAUGGCGUUUAAUAGAAUUUUGAAAUUCGAAGGAACGGCAUAUUUGAUGCAAGGUCGUGGAAAAACGACUGCCAUUGUCGUAGUCGUUCUUUCCGAUAUAUUAUUCUUUUUAGUUGAAAGAGAUCAAAAAUAUGCUUUCUUGGUUCCGGACAAUAAAGCUGCUAGCGUGGUAUCGUUACAAAAAUUAUUGGUACGAGAAAAAGCUGGUCAAGAAUCGAGGGGUAUAUACUUGAUAAGUAGCAAUCCAGCGGAACCUGAGAUGUUCGAAUUGAAAGUUCAAAAGCCUAAGGAUAAGCAAUUCUGGAUUCAAGCAAUACGUUCAGCGGUUGAGGCUUGUCCUCAAGAAUCUGAAAAUGACACAGAUGUUCUUACGGAUGGCAAUAGUAAUAAUGAAUUAAGGGAUACACGUUCAUCCUCCAUAUCGAUGCUUUCUGUAGAAGAGAGGCAAAAAAUGAUUAAAGCUAAGGAGUCGCACAUAUUUAGAAUCGUCGGCGAAUUACGAAAGAAAGACGCGGAACAGGCGUUGCUGUUUGAAGAAAAAAUUAAUUUACAAGUGCGUCUUUUACGUGCGUCUAAUAUCUGGAAUGAAAAUGAUAGUGAUCAUGAGAAAACGGACAAAGUGGAAAAAGAAAUACGCGAUUAUACACGUCUUGUUCAGAUGGAAGCGACGGAUACGACUCAGUUAUGGCAAGAGGUUGUUGUCGCUGUGCAGGAAGCUACACGAUUGGCCAGUUCAUUGUCAUUUAGCACUGGUGGUGCAACACUUUCUAGGAGUUUAAGUUCGGCUGGCGAACGUCAUAGCGAUGCUUACGUUCCACCAGCUCUUUGCGUUCCUAGACGAGCAGAGACGUUUGCUGGUUUCGAUAACAACAAGGAAAGAUAUCCUGUACGUGAAUCAACGGCGAUGAAUGUAGGGUCAUCUCUCCCAAAAGUUGGUGAAUUUUCGAAAGAAAGUCCCGAGGACAAAGAAAGUUCAGAAUUAGACGCAAACAAAGAUCAACAAUGGACUGCGAUUCGUUUGUCGCAUCACGUGUAUACUCUGCUUUGUAUAAUCAGUAAUCAAAUGACGACAAUCGAUAGCCUACAAGCUCAAUUAGCCGCAUGCAAGGAGGGAAGUAUGGGAAAAUCAUCCAAUAACAGGCCGAAUCCAAAUCGUCAAUUGGAGGAGUUGAGAAAUUUGCAGGAUCAACUUAGCCGGGAGAAGGCAGCGUUUCGUGCUGCUUCUCAGCAAGAAAAAAAUCAGUUGGAAGAGGAACGAGCAGAAUUGGCAAGACAAAGAGAACAAUUGGCCGCGGAACAAAGAGACGUUACUCAACAGCGAGAUCAAUUGUAUCGCCGAUUGGAGGCGUAUGAACGUCAAGGUCUCAAGGCAGGCUCUACAACGGGUCCUACAACGAUUCAUCUGUCACACGUGACACAGGGUACAGAAAUCGUACAACCACGGAAGUCUCAAGCAGACGCUAAGAGAAUACCUAUGAAUUUAAUCAGCGCUACCAAUCAGCAGAAAGUACAAAGCAAUGUUCCUGUGAAGCAGCAACUCCCACUGAAGCUCGCAAGUGGAAGUAAUAACAAUAGCAGGAGCGGAAGUACUGCGAGCCACUAUAGUCCGGAUCGGCAUACUAGAACAGGAAGUAGCCCUGCUAUCGUAACUGGAUCUGCGUUUUCUUCUCCCGAACUCGGCAAUAGUCACGGUAGUAGUGGCACCACGAGUCAAACACAUUCCUCUAAUCGAUCUCUUCGAAACACACGAUCUCCUCCCGAAUCAUAUCAACAACAACAUCAACGAGCGGAACAGCAACAACCUUUGGAGGAAGAGGUGAUCUUUUUCUGACGACUCUUUCGAUUCGGACGAAAACAUUCGCGUAAUUCACGUCCAAAUACCGAUGGAGCUACUCCGACGUCUGUACAAACGCCUCCGCAAUCUAGAUCAAGAGAUAGUCAGACUAGAAGCCGUGUUAAGUCCUUUUGACUUUCAACUUUCAGUCGGUAAAAAGACUGAUCGUUAUUUCUACUUUCACUCUUUUCCUCUUUCACUCUAUAUAUCUCUCUCUAUCUCUCUAUCUAUCUAU